CGCUGCUGGUUUCGCUGUGGUUUCGCGUCGCUGGAACACAGGUGCUAUGGACACGAUAAACAACGAAGCGCUGAUCGUCUGCGUUGAGGCUCGGCCUGCGCUUUGGCAGGCCAAACACAAGCACCACAAAAACAAGCACAUGACGAGGUGCUUGUGGAGCGAGGUGUCGAAGAUCGUCAUGCCCGACGUUGCCGUGACAGAUGAGAUCAUCACAGCGCUACAGAAGAGGUGGAAAUCUUUGCGAGAUAAAUUUCGACGGGUAUUGAAGACGCUUCAGGAAGAGAAGAAGAGCGGCGCCGGGGCAGACGAUGUUCAGGACGACGUCGCCUGGCCGUUCUUCGACCAGUUGAUGUUCCUGCGCGAUACGAUGGAGUAUAGACCGACGUCUGGCAACGUUCCACCAGUGCCCCCUUCAAAUGAGGAGGAAAAUGCUGCGGACAUCCUAACGAAGAUGUGCCAGUUUUCCAAUCUGGCAACGCUUCAAGCGCCGCCACUGUCAGGUGAAGAAUCACAAGCGGAAGCAGCGACACUGUCUACGGCGUCUGAGUCUGCAGAAUCACAGGAGAUUUUGGAACAACUUGAUUCACCGCUGCUUGAAGAAGUGCUGUACAUUCCAGAGGCUUCCGAAGCACACCACAGCAGGCCGCAAUCACAAGCGUCGCUGGCUUCAGCAGGCAGUCUUCAGCAGGCAGAGCUAGGGACGUUGGGAAGUGUUGCAUCUGAAGCGACAACAUCAAGAAGGGGGAAAAGGAAAAGGAAAGAUGAGGGUGAAUUAAUAUUACAGGAAUUAGGCAAUGUAACAACUGCAAUGAGCACAUGCAAACCACCGGAUCACCUUGAUGGUUUUUCGGUGUAUCUGCUGCAAGAAAUGAGAAAGGUCAGUGAGGACAAGCUGCUUGACCUGACAAUUGAAAUAAUGCAACUGGUAAAGAAAUACAGGAAUUAGUUUUUUUUAAUGUAUUCCUUUUGUGUAUAAAAUCCAAGAGUCAAUGAAAGACAGGAAAUCAUUGAGGAAUUUAAUUGCUUAAAUUGAGAUGUAGAAAUAAGGAGGAAAAGGGGAAUGAAAGUUGAUGAGAAGAUUACUUCCGAUUGGUGGGAGACAAACCCACAACCUUCGCAUUAUGCUUGCGUUGCUCUACCAAUGGUGCUGCUCCAAUGUCUUUCUUGAGCAGAUAUUUGCAUGUACUAGAUCUCGCCCUGGCAGUGCUAGCCAGCGCUACUCAUACAAGAACACUCCCAGGGCCUUAUCUGGUACACAUAAACACCCUAGGAAAUCGAUGGAGGUAUAGCCUCCUCUGUAGCUCAAUUGGUUUUGAGUUUAGCUUCCACCAGUGGCAAGUUAUCUUUUUGUCCACUUUCAUUUCCCUUCUCCUUCCAACGUUGACAUUACAAAUUAAAUAACAGUUAUUUUCCUCUAUGCUUUACCAUGUUUCCUUGUCUGUUGGUUUCAUAUCAAAGCUCCUCCGUUCUUUUUGUUCAUUUUAUAUUGUGUUGUAUCUGCAUCUUCAUGCUAAUUAUUCAAGAACUUCAUAGUGUUGAUAGCACUGGCAUGCAACUAAAAGUCUGUUGUUGCAAGACAAGUGUUUAUCUCUUUGAUGUGCCCAUACUCAUUGAACCUGUCUAGCAGCAAAGCACCUUUUGAGUUCACCACCUGUGCAUGCCCGAGUUUGUUCAUGCAUCUAUGGGGGUGCCUGUACAAGCCUGUAAAGAAGAAGGAAUGUAAUGAACCUUUAACCAGUCCCAAUUGGAAAUUUAUAUGCUGCAAGUUGUGAAGUGUUCUCUCGAGGAAAUUCUAACAACGCAAGCAUUUUUCAAUUUCUUUUAUUGUUGGAGGAGAUAGCACAAAGUGAAAUGUUUUUCCACUGCCGAGCGAGGCUCACUGCCAACAUAGACAGCCUCCUAUUUUGCCACUACUAGCAUCCACAAGCCCUGCAUCCCUUUUUUUUUUACAUGACUCACUUCCAGAGUUGGUUUUCUAUGUUCUGCACUGGAUGUUUCGCCAAAGUUGUUUACAGUAAUCAGUGAUAUUGAUGGCAGUGCACAAAUGAAGCGUUUGUAUGUAUAACCCUUCUCUGGCAGGAAGCAGGGCUACCUGAGAGAAGCCGUGAACAGCAUGCAAGCUGUAAAUGUUUUAAAGCUUAAUUAAAAUGUUAGAAAAAUCUGCUGCUGUUGUGCUGUGCAGCAGUUUAAUACUUUGAAGACACAAUCUUAAACAUGCGACUUACACACCAUCGCUUGUCUGUUUACGAUGCUGAAACUGGGUGUGGGAGUACUUAAAUAAUAUCAUGUACCAGUUUGUUAAUGUACAGUUUCUACGUAUGCUGCAAUUGAUGUUUUUGUUUGAAUUUUGUUCCUACAGUUUAACCCAUUUUACAUUGUAAUUGUGCAUUUAUUGUUUGUAUUUACCUGUUUGAAUGUUAGUCUUUCAUAAGCUAAAUAAAUUAUUGUUUUCCACCAAAUACUGAAGCAAUGUUUCGGCAUUAAAACACAUAGUAAC